AGGAGGAGGUCGAGAAGGCGGGGAGGGGAGGAGGAGGAGGAGGAGGAGGAGGAGGAGGGGGGCACGGGACCCCGCUGGGCUAAUUCCAUUGUGGAGCCGAGGCGGCGGUCUUGGGCCUACCUAAGGAGAAGAGGAGAAGGAUGCGCCAAGCCGGAGGAAGAGGAGGAGGGUGAGUGAGACAGAGAGAGAGAGAGAGAGGUAACGAGAGACUGACUGAGGGAAAAACGAGUGGCUCGAGGGCCGCCUUUCUUCUCCUGAGGGAAGAUGAAGCUCAGCAGUGGCUUCCUAGGAGGAGGAGGAGGGGGCGGAGGGUCGUCGAAGAGGCCGGCCUCGAUGGAGCCUGGCGCCUUCCCUGGCGGCAUGGUGAUGUUCAACCACCGCCUGCCGCCCGUCACCAGCUUCACUCGCCCGGCCGCGCCCCCCCAGCAGCACCCGGCCAUGGCUCCGGCCUCCUCCUCCUCUUCCUCUUCCUCCUCCUCCUCUGCAACGACCACCGCCGUGUCUCCCCCUCAGGGCAUGACUUUCAAGAAAGAGCCGGCGGGUGGUUUCCCCCUCACAGCGCCCUCCUCCUCUUCCUCCUCCUCCUCCCAGAGGAACCCCUGGGGCUUCUUCCACUCCUUGGUGAACAUCAAGCAGGAGAAGCCCAGCGAGCAGGAGGAGGAGCAGCACCACCACCACCACUAUGGAGGCCUCUUUGGCAUCGCAGGGGAGGAGAGGCCCCACGCCAUUGGAGGAGACGGAGGCGCCAGCCAGAGCAACCAGAGCGUCAUCCAAGACCUCAGCCUCUUCCACCACUUGCACCAUCAUCCCCAUCUGCUGGGCCUCCACAGAGGAGAGCCUUUGGAGGAGCCCAAGCCGGACCUCCAGGCCAAGAAGGCCAAGAGGCCAAAGUCAGAAUCUCAGGGAAGCAAAGCCAAGAGGAAGGCGGCGGGGGCCAGCGCCCCGUCCAACCGGCCUCCGACGGGUGAUGAGGCCGCCCACCAGAAGCCGCACGUCUGUGAACACUGCAGUGCUGCCUUCCGGAGCUCCUACCACCUGCGCCGCCACGUGCUCAUCCACACAGGCGAGCGGCCUUACCAGUGCGGCCAGUGCAACAUGGGCUUCAUCCAGAAAUACCUCCUGCAGCGGCACGAGAAGAUCCACAGCCGGGAGAAGCCCUUUGGCUGCGACCAGUGCAGCAUGAAGUUCAUCCAGAAGUACCACAUGGAGCGGCACAAGCGGACCCACAGCGGAGAAAAGCCAUACAAAUGUGAGACCUGUCAGCAGUACUUCUCAAGGACCGACCGGCUCUUGAAGCACAGGCGCACGUGUGGAGAAGCCAUAGGGAAAGCAGGCGCCGGGAUGGAUUUGGGGCCAUCCAACCACGGCAUGGGUAGCUUGCCGAUGCUGUCUCAGGGAAAUACCGGCUCGUCGAGGAGGAAAAGUAAAGCAAAGUGUCUCCCAAGCGAAAGCAAAGAUCUGAAACCAGGCCACAAAGGGUCAGAAUCCCACAUGGCGUCGAACAUGGCCUUGCAGAAUUAUGCCGUGGAGUUUCCUAUCAUGUCAGCUGGUAGCGGCUUAAUUGGGCCUGGGAUAGAAGAUCUGCAGAAAAAGGUGCCAAAAGUAGUCUUCAAAAAAGGAAACAGGAAAGGCACAGACAAGGGUUUUCUUAACUUUGUGUCACCCUUGCCGGACCUCCUUGGUCAAAAACAGUUGUCUGGGAAACCAGGUGCCUCGCUAGGCAUAGUUGCAAAUAGCAGUGUCGAUGCCAUUGGACUUCUCCAAGCUGCAAGUGGUAAACCAGGUCAAUUAGGCAGCAAUUAUGAUGAUGCCAUGCAAUUUUCAAAGAAAAGAAGAUAUUUGCAAACUGCCAGCAGUAACAGUGCCUUUUCUAUAAACGUUGGGCAUAUGGCCUCCCAACCGUCUGUUAUUCAGUCUGCAGGUGUAAGUGUUAUGGACAGUGAAACCCCGUUAUCCCUUAUUGACUCUUCCUCUCUAAAUGCCGACAUCAAAUCUUGUCAUGACAAGUCUGGCAUCCCCGAUGAAGUCUUGCAAAGUCUUCUAGAGCAGUACUCUCACAAAUCUGAAGGCCAGAAGGAAGAUCCCUUCAGUAUCACCGAACAGCGUGUGGACAUGCAUGCUUCAGGAGAACAUUCAGAGAUGGUUCAAGAGGACAACCUGAGCCCAAGCUCCCAGACGUCUUCAAAUGACAAAGCGAGCAUGUUGCAAGAAUACUCAAAAUACCUCCAACAUGCUUUUGAAAGAACAACCAAUAGUGCUGGUUUUGCUUUUGGACCUAGUUUCCAAUUUGUAAGUUUGUCUUCAAGCCUUCAUAACCAUUCUUUGUUUCAAGAUAAACAAAUAUACACUACGUCUCCACUUGAGUGUGGUUUCAGCCAAUCUGUUACCUCAGUGUUGCCAUCUGCAUUGUCAAAGCCUCCCUUUGGGAUGUUGCUUGGAUCUCAGCCAGGUUUUUAUUUAUCUGCUUUGGAGGCAACGCAUCAACAGUUGACUCCUUCUCAAGAGCUAGAUGAUCUGAUAGACUCUCAGAAAAAUGUAGACACUUCAUCAGGCUAUCAGCCUACACCUCAAAAACUGAAUAGCCAGAAAGAACAAAAAUCCCUAGAAUCUUCAUCAAGCUUUCCAAUUCCAUCUCAGGAGCUAGCUAACCAGAUAGAUCCUCAGAAGGAGCUAGAGCAUCGAGCAACGUAUCAGAUAGAAACCUUUGCACAAGCAUUUGGUUCUCAGUUUAAGACGGGCAGCAGGGUGCCAAUGACAUUUAUUGCUAACUCUAAUGGGGAAGUGGACCAUAGAGUGAGGACUUCAGUAUCAGAUUUCUCAGGGUAUACAAAUAUAAUGUCUGAUGUAAGUGAGCCAUGUAGUACAAGAGUAAAGACCCCAACUAGCCAAAGCUAUAGGUAAAAGUCCCAAGUGUGACUAGGCUUUGGGCUGGUCUUAAUGUAUUAGUUUUAUUUUGAUAACACUGCCAUUGGAAUGUUUUUACAUGAACCUAAUACAAAUAAUGUAAUGCGCCCUUUCAAUGCAACUUUUCAUACUUAGUUUUUGUUAAUGGAAUUUUAGAUCAGUUUGUAUUAUGAUUUUUAAUCAGAUCAAUAGACUUGAUAGUUUUCAUUUUUAUGUUUACGUGACGGUGUUUAGCAAUCAAACUUACAUAUUUAGAUUGUCAGGGAAUAGCCCAAAAGUUGCAAAUGCAAAAAAAGAAAAAAAAUCCCUAAAAACUAAAAAAAACCCCAACAAUUAACAACACCUAUGUUCCUAGGAUUAAGGUUUAUUUUAAUUGCUUUACUCUCAGGAAAAUGUAAUGAAGCAAGGAAUUUCUGUACAAUAUUGGUGUACUAGAAUUUCCAAUUUACAAAUAAGUGGCAAAUCUACUUCACCAUUUAACAAAGGGAGCGAAGACAUUAGAAGUUGCUGUUUCAUAUCUGGGUGAUAACAAUGUCUGAGAAUUUAGCUACCUACUGAUUGUUUAUAAUGCUUAAUGUACUUCUUUAUUUCUUCUUCCAGAUGAUGAUACUCAUUCCAGACUGGCGUGGUAGAUAGUCUCAGAUACUUGGUGUAAGCCUGGAAUGAUAGCUUUAAUAAAUACAAUAAUGUUCAUCCCUUAUUGCUCCCCACCCCCCGGAAGACUUUUAAUUCUAUAAAGAGAGUUUAGUUGCACAGUUCACAAUAAGAACUUGAAUAAGCAGUCUGCUGUUAUUAGAUCCCCAAACUAAAAUAAUAGUAAUAAUUUGUAUACAUUUUGGGAUGCAUUAUUUAUUAAAAAUGUCCUCCCUCUGGUUGGCAUCCAGUCCCUUCCUCCCCUUCUUACUUAAAUAUUCUUACAUUGUGACUUAGAUCUCUUCCUUUAUCAAGUGUUUUCUAUACCAAGUCCAUGCUCUAUGAUUUGGAAUCAUUUUCUCUUCCCUUUAGCUUAACAGCUGGAAUUUUAAAACAUGUACAUUCCAGAAGUUCACAUAACUUAUUAUGUAUUUGCUGAUGUCAUGUGAUAUCAAAAGAAGACUUAAAAAUAAAUGAAUGCCAUUUAAUGUAAACAGCCAUAAAGGUUUCCACACAAAAAUCUAAGAAGGAGUGAUUUAAUUGUACAUAGAGAGGCCCUCCCAACUUGCAUUAAGGACUGAUAGCUUAGUCAUCCAUGUCUACAGCCAGUCUCCAGUAUUUUAGGCACUGAGGGCUAUAUCUAUAUGUGGCUACAAAGAUGCCAGAAGGACACUUUGUAGGCUUAGGUUUUAAGAUUUCAUUUCCAUUCAGAGCUUGGCCUAAAUAUGUGAACUGCACGACCAGUUCUGUUUGGUUGGUUGUAGCUGGAAUCUUCCCAAGGAAUUUUAUUGCUCAAAUUCAUGUAUAUUUUGUGGUACAUUAUUUAUGAUACGUGAAUCUUGAUUAGAGCCUGUGGAGCCACAAAAACCUGCUAGAAACCUAGUGGCUAUUUUCAAACUGCUCAAGAGCAGUUGCACUGCCCAGAACUACUUUUUUGUUUUUUUUCCAGAUGUAUUUUUUUCUAAUUAGUUUUUUAAAAUGUAAUUUUGGUGAUGCUUAUACAGAUUUUUUUUUAAAAUGUACUGUUGGUGAUGUUUCUGUCUUACGUACUUUCUGAAGGCAGAGAAGUACCAGUGGUUGUUUGCAGUCUUGUGUAAUUGGCCUAUUGCAGGCUUCCAUGUAUAAUAAAGUAAUUUACAUUGUACAAGUGUAAAACACUUCCGUUAUGAAGAUGCUGUUGUAAGAACUAUGAAAUUUUUAAAUUGCUAAAGAUUUAAACAUACCAAUUUUCUCUUUAUCCUGCCCACCAAAACAAUCUGAACACUGUUUCACCAACUGACUCGCCACCUUACUACUAAUGCAUAAUUAAUUAUAUUCCAUUUAUACAGUACAUGAUUAUGUGUUUCCCAUCCUUCAGAUUAGUCCUGUUAAUUUACCUUGCUAUCCAGACACAGAGCACAAUUUAUCAUCAAGAGAUGUACUGUACCUUAACCACUGUUCUAUUAUGGGCUUCUUUUUUCUUUGUUUUGGUGGCAUUUUAUUCCACAGUGGUUAUGAUUUACUUUUUUAAAUAUUAUGUGUACUGGAUAGUGUGUAUGUUCUGGGAUUAUUUACUUUAGACUGUGACCAAUUAAAAUGUAUUUGAGAAAAUCUUAAGGAAGAAAGAAGAAGCUGUUGUACCAUCUAUCCAGUUAAGCUUCUGGUUUUGUCAAAAUUCCAUAAAGUGUUUUAAACAAAAUUGCUGGAACAAUAGAAGAUGAAUUGACAUGCUUGCUUUUAAAAGUAUUUUUAUUGUAAAACUUCUUCAGGUGAACAAUAAAAACCACUCUUUUUCGUUA